GGGGGGUUAAAACAGCGCUCGAGAGUGUUUUGAACUGUGUGCAACAACCCACGUGACUGAGGGCUGCCCAAGUCACGUGGUAUUGUUACCAGCGACGCAAAAUUAAAGCUCCCAACGGCAAGAAGACAAAACAGUGUCUUUAUCGCCGCCUAAACCAAACCAAACCAAUUAAUAUGUACCCAAGUCUUUUACCCUACUGUUUCAUUACACGUUUUUCUUGAUAACGUAUACUUUUACACGCCAGUGCAUACAAGACAUUUAAUAAAACAAAUGUAGACAUAUUUAAUACAGUAAAUUAUUAGGCCAUCUAUAUAUGCGACAAAGAUAGUGGAAGGUCCUAAUCUCAAUCCGAGCAAAUUGGUCCACACGACAUGGACUCGAAAUCGCGGAGGAGGUCCAGGUCGGUGUCUCCGGAUCGGAACCAGACCUGGGACCGGCACGGCUCCAGGAGGAGCCGCUCACAAGAGCGAAAGAAACGACGAGAGCGGAGCCGGUCCGGGUCCAGGCACAGACCCGGGGCGGGGUUAGGAAGCAGAGCCUCGAGAAGGCGGGUUCGUUCCCGUUCGGGUUCCGCUGGUUUGAGAAGCUCCACGUCCCGUUCGGUUUCAAGGAGACGAUCCACAUCUAGUUCUGCGAGGAAGUCGCGGUCCACUUCCCGGUCUCGAUCGAGAGACGGUCUCGGGAGAAGCAGAUCCAAAUCAAGAGGCAGCCCAGCUAAGCGCUCCCAAUCCCGGUCCAGUUCGGGGGGUUCCGGGUCCCAAUCCGAUUCUGAUUCUGGAAAGAGCGAGGGAAGUCGCUCCUGGAGACGGGAGCGUAAGAAAGCCUCUCCGGCCCGAGAAAGACGCCGAUCUGGAUCUGGAGACAGAUGGCAGAAGAGGAAAGCAAGAAAGCAUAAAAGUGAGAAGAAGAGAGAGACCAAGAGCAGCCGGUCUGGGAGCUCAGACUCCGAGAGAGAGAACUGGAGGAGAGAGGGAAGGGAGAAGGAGAGAGGGAAGAGGGAGAGAGAGAGCAGUGAGAGGCAGAGGAAAGAAACAGAAAGCAGAGAGAAGGAGCGAGAGGGAAGGGAGAGGGAGAAGAGGGAGAGAGAGAGCAUCGAGAGGCAGAGGAAAGAAACAGAAAGCAGGGAGAGAGAGAGAAAGGAGCGGGAGAGCCACGAGCGGAAGAACCACAAGAGGGAGAGGAGAGAUGGGGAGAGGCGUGUGAGAGAGAGUCCAGAAAGACAGAAGAGAGGGAGAAGGGAAAAAGGGAGCGGUGAAAUCAGCGAGAGGAAGAGAGCACGCUCGGAGAGAGGGAAGAGAGAAAGGGGGAGCAGCGACAGCAGCGAGAGAGAAGGCCUGGAGAGGAGGGAAAUGGGGAGAGGUGACAGCAGCGAGAGACAGAGGAGGGAAAGAGGGAGCGCUGACAGCAGUGAGAGGGAGAGAGAACACCCGGAGAGGGGGAGGAAGAAGAAGAAGAAGAAGAAGAAGAGAGGAGGGGGCGGCAGCAGCUCUCUGUCUGGGGCCUCGGUUACGUCGGGUUCCUCUGAGUCCCAGUCUCACCGCAGCAGUAGCAGCAGCAGCAGCAGCAGCAGCAGGAGGCGGCAGCAGAGAAAGCAGGAGACCAGAGCCAAGGACCCUCGCUCUAUUCGGCAGGAGCGUCACGCUCGGGAGGACAUACUGAAGGCGAUGGAGACGCCCGAGGAGAAGCGCGCCCGCCGCCUGGCCAAGAAGGAGGCCAAGGAGCGCAAGAAGAGGGAGAAGAUGGGCUGGAGCGAGGAGUACAUGGGCUACACCAACGCAGACAACCCCUUCGGAGACAACAACCUGCUGGGCACCUUCAAGUGGCAGAAGGCUCUGGAACUCAAGGGGAUCGGCCACCUGGGGGAGAAGGACCUGAAGGAAAGGAACAAGCACAUCCAGGAGGAGAACCGCCGGGAGCUGCAGAAAGUGAAGCAGCUGCGUCUGGAGCGUGAGCGCGAGAAGGCCAUGCGAGAACAGGAACUGGAAAUGCUGCAGCGCGAGAAGGAGGCGGAGCAUUUCAAGACGUGGGCGGAGCAAGAGGACAACUUCCACCUCCACCAGGCCAAGCUGCGCUCAAAGAUUCGGAUCCGAGACGGCCGGGCCAAGCCCAUCGACCUGCUGGCCAAGUACAUCAGCGCAGAGGACGAUGACCUGGCUGUGGAGAUGCACGAGCCGUACACCUUCCUCAACGGGCUGACCGUCUACGACAUGGACGAUCUGCUGGAGGACAUCAAGGUGUACAUGGAGCUGGAGCAGGGGAAGAACGGGGAUUUCUGGAGGGACAUGACCAUCAUCACCGAGGACGAGAUCAGCAAGCUGCGGAAGCUGGAGGCGUCGGGCAGGGGGCCUGGGGACCGCCGGGAGGGCAUCAACACCUCGGUCAGCACCGACGUCCAGACCGUCUUCAAGGGAAAGACCUACAACCAGCUGCAGGCUCUGCACCAGAACAUUGAGGGCAAGAUCCGCGGGGGCGGCUCCAAUCUGGACAUCGGCUACUGGGAGUCCCUGAUGCAGCAGGUCAAGGUCUACAUGGCCCGGGCGAGGCUGCGUGAGAGACACCAGGAUGUGCUGAGGCAGAAGCUGUACAAGCUGAAGCAGGAGCAGGGGGUGGAGAGCGAACCCCUGUUCCCCAUUGUGAAGCAGGAGCCCCGUUCCCCAGAGUCGCAGUCCUGCAGCGACGGGGAAUCUGCAGCAGUACCAGGCACCUCCUCUUCCACCGGAGGGCAGGAAGCUGGGGGAGAAGGACCAAGUGAGGGGCAGGGAGAGAACCAGGAGGAAAAGCAGGACGAGGGACAGGACGAGAACCAGGAGGAGAAGCCGGCUGAGGGGCAGGGAGAGGCCGUGCUCACAGAGGAGGACCUAAUCCAGCAGAGUCUAGAUGACUAUGACUCCGGGCGCUACAGCCCGAGUCUCCUGCAGAACUCGGACCUGCCCCUCGACACGCACCUGGUGGAGCCUGAAGAGGACCUGACCAGGCUGCAGGUGGCCCGCAAGCAGAUGCAGGUCACAGGCGAUGCCAGCGAGAGCGCGGAGGAUGCGUUUGUGCGCAGGGCACGGCAGGGCAUGGGCGGAGACGAGGCCCAGUUCAGCGUGGAGAUGCCUAUGACGGGGAAGGUGUACCUGUGGGCUGACAAGUACCGGCCCCGCAAGCCGCGCUUCUUCAACCGGGUCCACACGGGCUUCGAGUGGAACAAGUACAACCAGACCCAUUAUGACUUCGACAACCCGCCGCCCAAGAUCGUGCAGGGCUACAAGUUCAACAUCUUCUACCCAGACCUGAUCGACAAGCGCUCCACGCCGCAGUACUUCCUGGAGCCCUCCCAGGACAACCGCGACUUUGGGGUGCUGCGCUUCCACGCAGGGCCCCCCUACGAGGACAUCGCGUUCAAGAUCGUCAACCGCGAGUGGGAGUACUCGCACCGUCACGGGUUCCGCUGCCAGUUUGCCAAUGGGAUCUUCCAGCUCUGGUUCCACUUCAAGAGAUACCGCUACAGGAGAUAGGCAUCUGUGUGGACUCGGCAGGGCAACUGCUGGGGUUUUAUGAGGGGGGGGGGUUAGAUAUUCACGUUUCAUCCACGGUUGUUGCUAACUUCUGAUUUAACUCAGGAUUUGAAGCAGUGAUUUGAUGUUUUUUUGCAUCAGAAACUGAUGCCAUCUCAGAAUAGAGAAUCACGCUUUUCAUAUUGUGAAUUGCAUCUGUCUGAUCAGAUGUAAGGUUGUACAGUUUUUUGGGAGUAUUAUUGGACCUUUUUUUUAUUAAUAAAAAUAAAUCAUCUUU